UAUCAAUUCAUAUAGGAUAAAUGUUUUUUAAAACAAGCAUGUUCUGGGACAGCCUAUUGGCUGUACCAGAUUAGUGGGGCAAGUUCCCUUAAGAUCUAAUCAAUGGGGUUGUUUCCUUUAAUAUUAAUCAAGCAGCUUCAGGACCUAGAUUUUGGGAGCAUCUCAAACAUCCCUAUGACCUAGUUAACCACAUUGUGUAGCUAGCCUGCAGCCAUUUCAACAGGAACGACAACAUUUUUUGAAUCCAUUCGUCAAUCUCAUACAAUCGUAAGCCAUCAAGCCAUGGGAAAGACUCAGAAAAGACCAGGACAGGCUCGACAACCUGGCAAACGCCCGAGGCGGGCCCCAGCAAGGUUUGCAGAGGAAAAUGGCACGGAGGCCAAUUCCGAACCACAUGUUUUAGAGGAGCCGAGGAAUGAGAUGGCUAACAUCGUGGACAUGCCAACUGGAUCCUCAGGUAACACGUCAAGAUGUGGGGGGUCAGCCGAUGAGCUACCUGUCGAGUGGGUAACCGGUCCAGAUUGUGUGUCGGGCCCGGUGCCGGUUGUUAGUGUGUUUGACGCCAUCGGGGACCACGUUCCUCUAAAACUUAGAGAAAAAAUUUGGGCUGGGGAGUUUAUCGGUCUAGGUGUGCUUUUGAAAUCGGCAAGGGAUCUUACCAGGGAAAUGGACCAGGCGGGGGGCGAAAUAGUGAUGAAGGGUGGAAAACUGGUCGUUCAAAAACACCUGGAGUCGAGACCAAUUUAUAAUAUCAAUGUUUGGACCAGUGCUUUCAUGGUUUUCACGAGUAUAUUGCUUGAAAAACAACCCGGAAAAGCACAGGAGUUAUUAAAGUAUAUGAGGGAUAUAAGGCUGGCAGCAAACAGGUCUGGUUCCUCAUGGGUCAGGUACGAUGAACAGUACCGGAUUAAAAAAGUUCGAUAUCCAGGUUCUUCCUGGGGGGUAAUAGAUAGCGAGCUAUGGCUCCUUUACGUAACGUCGCAAAGAGCGAAUGCCCUUGCUGGCCAGCCGAGGGCUGGUAACGACAGUAACAUGUCUCCAGGGCGUACCACACAUGCAGGCAAUAUUUCGGGGGGUCACGAGGGCGACAAAAAACAAACGGACAAUUUUCGAGCCCAUGGAGCAGAAUGCUGGGGGUACAACAAAGGACAGUGUGCUUUCGGGCCUAGAUGUCGAUACAGACAUGCCUGUUCAGCAUGUGGGGGACAACAUCCACAAACGCAGUGUAGACAGAAACCCAGGGGAAACGCAUCUUCAUAGGCAGAACACGGGUUCAUUGUAUUCUUUAGGGAUGUCCCCAGUCAAUCUGACUCAUUUGACAAGGCUAUUGUUAUCUUACCCAUAUCAUAAUGUAGCAAAGGAACUUUUAAAUGGU